CGCAGCUGCCAGCCAUCUUUUGAUAUUUCGCAGUCCGCAGGCUCUGAUUUAUAGUUUUACUUUUACACGCAGCAAUGAACGUGGCAAGCAGAGCCUCUCAGCUUCUGUCCUCCCAGAGCAUCGGAGAUCUUCUAAAUUCCGACGAAGCUUUUCUCUUCGACUGCGACGGUGUAAUAUGGAAGGGCGAUACACUUAUCAAUGGCGUCCCGCAGACAUUUGAUAUGCUUCGCUCCAAGGGAAAGAAGUUGGUGUUUGUGACCAAUAAUUCCACAAAAUCGAGGAGGCAGUACGCUAACAAAUUCCAAUCUUUGGGAAUUUCAGUCACUGAGGAUGAGAUAUUCAGCUCAUCCUUUGCAGCUGCUAUGUUCUUGAAGGUCAAAAAUUUUCCUAAAGAUAAAAAGGUUUAUGUGAUAGGUGGGGAGGGUAUAUUGGAAGAGCUGGAGCUUGUUGGGUAUACAGGUCUUGGUGGCCAGGAAGAUGGCAAAAAGACAGCACAAUGGAAAACAAAUUGCCUCUUUGAACACGAUAAGAUGGUUGGAGCGGUUGUGGUUGGACUAGACCCGUAUGUUAACUAUUACAAGCUUCAGGUAUAACCCUGUAACUUUGUCAAGUGAAUACUGGACAGCCUUCAACCUCAAUGCCAGGGGCAGUAGGGCAACUUGCCAGUGGGCAGUGAUCGUCCAAAUCCAAACCCCACCACCUCAUUCCAUUGAUGUCUCUAACCUGCAAUGUGAAAUAGCAGAGGAUGGCCAUGAAAGCAACCCCAGCAUCUAGCCCAGCUGAGAGAAUGUAAUUGUGCCUAGCCCACCAGCCUUUGAAUCUCCUGUACACAAAAAAGUUGAAGAAAAUGCCAACAGCACCCCAACAUAUGUAGUUCACAGCCUUGGCCGGUGGCAUUCCCCCUGCACCUCCUAUAAUGAUGGGCAUGUUAAUGAGGCAUAUCCACAUUUGUUCAGGAAACAGGCGAGAGAAUACCCAAACUGGUACCGGUGCCAGGAUGCCAAUGAGGAAUAAAUAGUUCAUCUUAGAGUAAAGACCGAGAGGGCCAAACAUGCGAAGUGGACCAACUACUCCCCAUAUGAUGGAAGCAUUGUAGAAAACAUCAUCUCCGGGGCAUGUCCAGGGGCUUCCUUCUGGAAGUUUAGAUGGGUCACAGAUAUGUUCUACUGACGUGAUAAGCCACCAAGAUGUGCCGAAGUAGACUGAUGAAGCGACCAAGGUUCCCGCUAACUUUGUUGAGAAUAAAGAGUAUUAGUUUUCUUAAACAAUAAUUAUACUCUUUGUGAUUUUACUUUUAUCAUCUUUAAUCAUACUAAUUAAUAUGACACAUUUUAAGUUGUUUAAUAGGCAAACAACUUGAAUGAAAAUCAUUUAAAAUAUGACACUUCAACAGAUACUAUUAAUGAUGGCAAAAUUGCGAACAUCAUUUUGGUAGGAUUAAGAAACCACCUGAACAAUGAACAUGGAUUUUGGAGGGAUUUUCAUGUAGUGGCCUAGCUUGAAGUCUGAGAGAAACGUUAUUGCCUGAGACAUGCUUAUGGUGCCAUAGGUCUUGAAAGCUACAUUUGCAAGAGGUUUCCCCGGAUACAUGUAGCCGAUAAUCAGCUCAGUGAUGACGUUAAGUCCUGGUUGCUGCACGAAGAUUUUUCACAAUCCAAUCAAAUACGAUGAACAGGAGACUGGAAACUUAUUCUCAAUGGCGUACCUGGUUUGUUGUAGCAGUGAUUACGGCAACAGGGAGAGUGAAGCUCAGAGCCAAGAGCAUCGCUAGUAGGAUACCCCAGAAGGGAAGCUGCAAUUGUUUGCCAAAGCCUUCACAAGCAAGCAGGGAAAGUCCAACCACCACCAUUAAGAGUGUGUAAAACCACCAUUGAGGGACAGGGUCAUAGUUUUUUCUCAUUAUUCUGGUGUGUACAUCCCCGAACUUAUCUUUGAAUGAAACCUUUGUUUGUUGCCA